UCUUUCCCAUCAUCCUUGUUCUUCAAGAACCCUCCGGGAAAAAACCCGAUCUCAAACAACCAAAAACAAGAUUAUGAAACCAUUAAUGGCGUAUGAACAAGAAGGUCAUCAUCAUCACCCCAAGGUUCAGUUCCCAUUGGACUCGGAUUCUUACAAGAUCGUUGAUGAAAUCGGUAUUGGUGUUAGUGCAAUAGUUUACAAAGCCGAAUGCAUUCCCUUGAAUUCAACUACCGUCGCCAUCAAAUCCAUCGACCUUGAUCAGUUCAAGGUUGACUUCGACAACAUCCGACGUGAAACCAAGAUCAUGACCCUCUUUUCUCACCCCAACAUCCUUAACGCUCAUUGUUCUUUCACCGUUGGCCGUCGUCUCUGGGUGGUUAUGCCUUUUAUGUCCGGUGGUUCUUUACAGUCCAUCAUCUCGUCUUCUUUUCCCGACGGUUUAUCAGAGCAAUGCAUCGCAAUUGUCCUCAAAGAAACCCUUAAUGCAUUAUCGUAUCUCCACAAUCAAGGCCAUUUGCAUAGAGAUAUAAAGGCUGGGAACAUCUUGAUGGACUCAAACGGGUCUGUUAAGCUCGCGGAUUUCGGGGUUUCGGCUUCGGUUUACGAGUCGAGUUCGGGUUACGGGUCCGGUUCAUCGACUUCUUCGUCGCCGAUGAUGCUCACGGACAUGACCGGAACCCCAUAUUGGAUGGCCCCGGAGGUGAUACACUCACAUACAGGGUACAGUUUCAAGGCUGAUAUAUGGUCUUUUGGUAUAACGGCGCUUGAAUUAGCCCAUGGAAGACCACCAUUAUCCCAUUUACCACCUUCAAAGUCUUUGAUCAUGAAGAUAACCAAGCGGUUUCGGUUUUCCGAUUACGAAGACAGCAUCAACAAAGGUAAGAGCAAGAAGUUUUCAAAGGCUUUUAAAGAUAUGGUCGCUUCGUGCCUGGAUCAAGAUCCGUCGAAGCGACCUUCGACGGAUAAGCUUUUGAGGCAUCCAUUUUUCAAGAGCAGCAAAGGCUCUGACUUCCUCGUCAAGCAUGUGUUACAUGGAUUGCCUAGCGUCGAAGAAAGGUUUAGAGUAAGCAAGAUUCUAAGAAAGAACGACGUCGAUGACGACGACGAAGAUGAUGUUGAGGGAGAAUCAGGGUCUGAGCUCGUUAAACAAAGAAGAAUCAGUGGGUGGAAUUUCAACGAAGACGGAUUCGAACUCGACCCGGUUUUCCCCACCGAGUCAAGAGACGAUUCCGUGGUGAAACAAGUUCGUUUCGGUGGUGAAACCAUCAUUUUAGAAAAGGGAACUUCCGAAUCAAGCUUGAAUUUGAACUCUCCCGAAGCAGAGUCAAGCUUGGUUAGUAGUACUACAACUCCACCAUGUGAAGAACAACAAACUGAGAACACUUUUAAUGCAGAAACAAUGGUGGGGGGGUUGAUGGCAUUGAAGAAGAGUUUGGAUGAUCAAAGGCAAAAAGUGAGUGAGUUGAUUAACUUGUUUGGAGGGGAAGUGAUGAACAAAGAAGAUCAAAUGGUGCAAGUGAUUGAGAAGCUGAGGAUGGAAUUGGAAACUGAAAGGCAAAAGAACUUUGAAUUAGAGAUGGAAUUGGAGUUUCUUAAAUUCCAGAUUUCUGGUGCAUCCAACACUGAUGAAAAUGAUUGAAGUUUUUUUCACCCCAAAUUAGUACAUUUUGCUGUGAAAUUUCGAACUGGAUUUAUGUUGUUUUUUCUUGCUUAUUGGAACAUGUUCUUUGGUCCUGGGUCUACCGUAUAUCACAUAUUAUCAUGCAUGAAAUUGAAAUGGAGAGAUUAUGAGGUGCUUUUUUUU